AUGACGUUUAGUAAUAAACUUAACAUAAAUGAAAAACAAAAGAGCAGGAUUAGUAGAAGACUCACUGUGGAUACACAAGAGCCAUAUAUCAGUAUUCGACCUGUCAUCAAAAAGGCAGAUAAGGAGGCCGCAUAUACCCUAAGUGAAUCUUACUUGAACAAUAAUUUAUUAAGCUGGAUUACUGGACCCAUAGAGGAUGAUAACAAACGAAUAGGUGCAUAUCAAGACAUUUUUAAGGCACUUAUUCGUGCUGCAGCAAGCAAGAGUAGAGAAUGUGCUGUCCAAUUGAAUGGAUGUAAAGGCGUGAUGCUUUGGUCAGAUAGUGAAUCAGAGCCGUUGUCAAUUGGACACGUUUUAGGUAAAAAAACUCUGUGGGGUUGGCUGGGUGGAAUGGCUACUCUGAGAGCAACCAUGGUACAUCAUCGUCGAUUUCUCAAGAUGAAAAAGCAAGUUAUGCAAGGGCGGCCACACCUUACUAUCUACUUUAUUGGAGUUUUACCAGCAGAAAGGGGACGCCAUGUAGGAAGACACUUACUAGAGUAUGUCAUCAAAAAAGCGGAUGAAGCUCAAUUGCCGAUCUUUGCAGAGGUUUCGGAGGACAAGACGGUGCAAUGGUUACGAAAUUUUUCUUUUGAAACAAAAGCUAGUAAACUACUUAGUGACAAGGAAAGUGUUACGGUAUACUAUGUCGUGAGGGAGCCAAAACUUAAUCCUACAACACCUACACCACUGACACCAGCCAUUGCUUCAUUAAGCCUACAACCUCCCCGAGAGGACGCCAUCGCAAACAGCGAGAAAUAG